AAAAAAUAUUGGUUUUCGAUUCUUACUGGGCAUUUGGAGGUGGAUGCUACAUCUAGAAGGUUCUUUUCGCAGCAGAAUAUAAGGACAGAACAAGCAACCUCCUGGCUCCUCGAUAUCUGGCCAAACUUGGUUCAAUGAAGGUGUACAAUAAAAUCUACUUUUAGCUUUAGCAGAAGAUCACAAACUAUCAUGAUACGGAAAUCAUGCCAGGGAUAUCGUAGUUUCCCCGCUAUAUGCCGCGGGGGCCUCGUCGGAGGACCCUUUGCCGGUUCUGAAUGCGCUUUGGCGCCACAUGGCUCGUACGCACCCUAGUUCUGGGAACGGCCAACAUUGUAGAGCACACGUGAAUACACGUGAGUAGACGAGAAUCGGAAAAACGUUCCUCAAGCACUACUGCAAGGCUCAGUCGGCGUCGUGUGUGCCUGAACGUAGCCGUUACGCAUUGGGAUUACGGUCACCAACACCGAAAACAGCCGUAGCAAAUAAAGCGAAACUUGUGGAAAGCGCUUCAAUCCGUUAUACCCGCAUAGUCGACAUCAUCCCCUCGGCGACGCUUUCUCCCAUCAACCGCGUGAUUCUUCAAUCGAGGGAGAAAAAUAGUACUUAUAGGAGUAAUAGUUGCUGCUCUACUAAGUACUAGUAGUGGUGGUCCGCCUAGGGCUGUCACAGCUCUUGCCGACGAUACACCCCAUUUCGCAACGCACAAGAAAGGUUCCUUCGUUUCCUCAGAGCGGAAUUCGAUUUCGAACCGAAUCUACACCCCUCUGAUUCGCCUUCGAAAAUCCAUUAAAAGCGUACCUCCUGGCAGGAACAGGGAAGAUAUGCGAAGAAGCCCAGGUCGUCACGCACAAGAUCGAAGCACUUGUACACGCGACCAGGAAAUACAACUGAUUCGAAUUUAAUUGUGAACUCGACCCGGUUUAGAAAAAGUACACUUUCGAAAAUCACUCCUUAGAACUAAAAGAAGACCAAGAACUACUAGAAGAGCCACUUCUUGUUCGUGGUCAACAAUAACAAGAAUACGUCAACGUCAUCAUCUACUGGAGGAGUAACCCCCCGACAAGAAUAGGAGCAAGAUGUCGCGUACAGUGGUAAGAGAGACACGGUCCUUGGACCACAUGUACGACCCGACAUUUGUGAGCGCAGCUCCUGUCGAUCACAAUAAGCUUACGAUGAAGGCCCUGUCCACAAACUAUGAGCGGGUACUACACGAACACGACAAUUUGAGGUGUGACGUAAGGAGGUAUAUCAGUACUUCUUGACUGGAAGCCUUUCCUCGAGUGCAACGGCAAAACAAUUACUCAUUGUUCACCAACUGCAAAGUAACUCCCCUAUUUUUUAAUUCCACCUCAAGGUACCAGAAGCUGCAAAUUAUUUCUCAGAGCUGAAAAACUAUCCUCGGGCAACAUUGCGGCCUGCGAAAGGAAAGGACAACUUCAUACCGAAAUAUGUUGAUCCAUCAUGGGUACUCCUUUAAUACAUCUUCGAUCGGAUUCAUCUCAAACUUCUUCUGACAUAUUCUAAUUUUUGUCUUUCGCAUUCAUUGUGGAUAUUUACUGAUGCGACUCUAUGAUGACAUUGAUGACAGAAAACCCCAAUCACUGACUCAUUGUUUGAAGUAGAUUUUUUCCUGUUCAUUCACCACGACCCAGCAUCCGAACACGGAGGCCGAUUCCGCUGCGACCAUGGUUCAUGGCGCAGAUAGGUUUAAGUAUGAUAGACGGCCACUAGUAAAGAUGGGAGCUUUUGCUUCGGGCCCCGGACCGCAGCUUGUCAUGUACUUCGCGCUCAUUCCAAAAUUAGUUCUGUUUUUAUUUCGCAUUAGAUUCUCGGAAUCUGUUUCUUGCGUUUCUUCCUCAGCUUCCAUGACAUUGCUCAUGACUAUCUUUCGCAUUAAUUUUUGUUCUCACCAAAGAUAUCGAAUUUAUAAAUCCCUGAAUUUCAUCAACAACUUGGUCGAGCGGUGUAAGAACAUUGACAGGUAUGAUAUGCAGCGGACCGGGCAGACUGAGUACAGGCGGCCGACCCAGCAGGUGUUGAUAUCAGAUGUUAUGGCUGCUCUGUUUCCAAUGAUAAUUCUCUGAAAGCUUUUAUUCCCACAUUAAUCCUUAGCUUACCCCAAGUAGUUUAUAAUCUACAAUACUUCUGAUAACAAGAACUUCGACGGUUUAUUUGAUAGACACUUUGAUGACUGCUCGUGUGUUCUGUGCGACUUUCCCCUCGCGUCAAAAACUUUCUUGUAUAUUGGCUUCGCGUAACCAUAAUCGUAGACUCCCCAGCUCCUCUAAUGACAGUCCAACGCGAACAGUAGGGACACAGUCGAUGUAUCGAGAGAGCGAGGCGCAAACCGUGCCGUACACUCCAGAUUUUGUUGCGACAACACCUGCGCCGGAAAUUCUGACCUUACAAAACUUGACCUUCGAUAAUGGCUUGCCAGCCACCCUUUUCGAAGUGAAGAUCAUAGAGCGAACAAGGCAAAAACGAAUAUUCGAGCAGAUGCUUCCACCAACAACGGAUGAAUUCUCGCUCGCAGUACUUCUUUUUUUUACUGUUUUGUGGAAGCAUAACUAAGGAUCGACAACGAUAUAUUUUCUCUUUUUGUAUUCCUACUCCGUGUACUUUGUGGUGCUAGAGCCGGGAUAGAACUGACUUGCCACCCUUGCGUGUCGGUUUGAGUUGCACUUACUCAUUUCAUUCCUGUUUCCACCCAGGUUCGUGCGCAGCUACUGGAGCAACAAGAAUUCAAGGAGUGGGCAGAAAGAGAGCGGCAGAUAGUUUCUUUGCAGGAAAGGCGUCUAGCGAUGGUUAAGGAGCUCAUUGCCGAGAGGGAAAUGAAUAGAAAAGUAAGAAGAGGCUUUUUCCAUAUUACGUGGGUGCUGUACACAAUGUAUCAUGUAGAUGGUCAAUAUGCCGGCUAUAUUUAAUUAAGCGAUAUUCAUCUGAUUCGCAUGUCAUUGCCCAUCUCUCAUUGUAGCUUCAACAUACUACAUGCUGGAGGAAUCUCCUUUCAUUCAUCCCACUCUGCACCAGGUGACGAACGACGCAAAGAUUGACCGGCUGCGGGUGAAGAAGGCAGAGGAAAAAGACAGGCUUUUCGCCUCAACACAGUACAAAAAGAUCAAACUUCUUAGGAAGAUGUUUUCUGCGCGAGUGACUGCCCUGUCUCGGAAUACAAGACCCGAAGCGCAUGGACAAACUGUUGCGAAAUAUCAAGACAGAGCGUCAUCAGUUUACGCUCCUCUGACUCGGUACGGCAGUAUACCGGACACGCAUACAGGAAAUAUAGAGGUACUACGAUCUACUUCCAAUUUUUUACACAUUCUACAAGUUCAAGUUCAAAAAAUUCUAGAGGUAGCGAUGCAUGGAUCUUCUAUUUGUUGAUGGAGAAGACUACCUAGGUUUAUUUUCUGAUUGUCGAACAUCCGAAUACCACACGACCACGACAAGUGACGCGAUCUCUUUUAAUCCACAUCCUUGUCAAGAUUCAACCGGCGGAUCUGAAGUCGUAUUCAAAGCUUCUGCAGCUUGAGCGCACCCUUCCAGCAAGCGUUUUCUUACCGGGAGAGAUACGGCAGGAAACGCUAAUUCCUGAAAUCAAGAGGCAAGAUGUGCCAAUAGUAAAUGCCUUGAACGAGGCUAUGCAAGGCAUGAACGCCGAGUCGGAAAGGAGAAGGAUGGGAGAUAUGCAACCAAUGGGAGACAGUAUUACUACUAGCUUGGAGCGUCCGAUAACAUCCCUCCCACUAGGAUCCCCCUCCUCCCCAAAGUAAGAAACUAAGCAAGGCAAAGAUGUAAGCGAUAUGCGUUUUCAAAUUUCGAAAAUUUUCCACGUUUUGCCAUCGUUUGAGGAUUGAAUCUCGUGCGUUUGAAGUCAAGGGCUAAGAUCCCGCAGCUAACUUUUUGACUUUAAGCCCUUCCGCUGAAAUUCAACUUCUUGGAUUUGCAUUCUUCAAAUUUCGAAAAUUCUCCACGUUUUGUUGGCGUGUUGGGAUUGAAUUUUGUGCGUUUGAAGCGCUAAAGUCCCAAAAUUUUUGACUUUCAGCCCUUUCCCGGAGAUUCAGUCUCUUGGAUUUGCAUUUUCAAACUUCGAAAAUUUUCCACAUUUUGUCGGCGUUUUGGGGUUGAAUUCUGUGCGUUUGAAGUGCUAAAGUCCCAAAAUUUUCGAUUUUAAGCCCUUUCCCUGGGAUUCAAUCCUUUGGCUUCGCGUUUUUCCAAUUUCGACAAUUUUCCACGUUUUUCGUCGUUUUGGGAGUGAAUCCCGUGAGUUUGAAGAGCUAAGAUCCCAAAAUUUUUGAUUUUAAGCCCUCUCUCUCUGGAAUUUAAUGCCUUGGCUUCGCGUUUUUCAAAUUUCGAAAAUUUUCCACAUUUUGUCGCUGUUUUGGGGUUGAGUCUCGUGAGUUUGAAGCGUUGAGAUCCCAAAAUUUUUGAUUUUAAGCCCCUUCCCUGAGAUUCAGCCGCUUGGCUCCGCGUUUUUCAAAUUUCGAAAGUUUUCCACCUUUUUCGUCAUUUUGAGAGUGAAUCUUUUGACUUUGAAAGGCUAAGAUCCCAAAGUUUUUGAUUUUAAGCCCUUUCCCUGAAAUUUAAUUCCUUGGAUUCGCGUUCUCAAAUUUCGAAAAUUUUCCACGUUUUGUCGUCGUUUUGAGAUUGAGUCUCGUGAGUUUGAAGCGCUAAGAUCCUAAAAUUUUUGAUUUUAAGCCCUUUCCCCCGAAAUUUUUGAUUUUAAGCCCUUUCCUCCGGAAUUCAAUUCCAUUGCUUCGUGGUUUCAUGGUUUCGGGGUUGGUUUCCUGGUUUCGCGGUUUCGUGGUUUCGUGGUGUGGUUUCAUGGUUUCCUGGUUUCGUGGGUUCAUGGGUUUGGGGUUUGUUUGUUUUUGUGUCGGAGGUUUUGGGUUCGGGUGUUGGAGGUUUUGGGUUUGGGUGAUGAAUUGAGGUUUCCGAAGGGAAGUGUUUGCAAAGUUUUAUUGCUCUUAAUAUUUUUCUACUGGCAAGGCUAGUCCUGCUUGUCCUUAAUAAGUAACCGCAAGAGUCUAGUCCUUUCGCAUUAUGGUUUCGCACUGAUCAAGAACCUACGCUUCAGACCCAAGUCCACCCAGGAACCUCUGAUGUUUUGUUUAGCUUGAUGAAGAUCCUUGAGUAAGUAGAUGGACGGCCUCGUCCAAUGAGGAACAUCAUGAUGCUAAGCAGAUGAAAGAAUGAAUAGUUAAAUAGCUUCACCACAAUUUUCACCCUCACCCCUGCAGCUGCAGCAUUCAAAAGCCCGCAUCACGAGUCCAGUCCUAAGAGGAAAAACAAAGAAAGCGCAGGUCUUGAGGAACAGGCACCAGAGGACGAAGAGAAGAUGCAAGCGCUGCUACUGCUGCAACGCAUCCUUCGGGGUCGGGCCAUCCAGAAUAGGAUGUUUGAAGGCAAGGAGAAGCGUCUAGACUUAAUAGAGGAGCUGCGAGCAGCGGAAAUGAUGAUGGCCUCAGAGAGACCGGAGGACAAAGAAGCCAAAGAAGCGCUGCAGGCAAAGAUCAUGGAGGAAGACGCGGAGGAUCAAAUAAUUGGAUCCGUUGUGUCCAAAGCAUUAGACGAUCUUUCAAAGGAGCUCGAGAGGUACUUACUGUUACUACGACAACUACAAUUUUCCUUCUUGUUCUUUCUAUUUAGAAGAAUGUAAAUGAGGUAUAACUACAACUGCUUAAGAACUUUAACCUUGUCCUUGCUGAAGAUGGCGAACAAAUGUUUGAAACUGAACAAGAUUAAUAAUCAAGAAGUAGAGUUUCUUUUUCUUACACUCAAUGAACACAACGAACAUCAGAGUCCAAGAGCUGCGUCGCAUCGACGCUAUGAUGAAGCUAGCGGAGCGGGAAAGGCGUAUGCGCCAGGCCUCCGAAGGAGGUCGACGGCAAGCGGAGGAGCGACUGCGUGCGCGCGAGGACGAGAUAUUCCGACAGUUAAGGCUGCUUCCACAUAGCCGUUGGUUUGUAUCAGACCCAAGGGAUUCACUCAAAUCCUAGCUUCAUCUUAUUUUGGUUCUCCAGUAUAGAAUGAUAUCCGCAAGAAUCUUGAAGAUGCUUCCAAAGAGAGGGAAGAUACAAUGUUGAACCCGAUGGGGGUCGCUCUAAAACAGGUGAUGAAAGAUGUGCACCAGGGCACUGUAGACUCGUAUCUGGAGGAUAUCUUGACCAACGCUGUGGAGACAACAGCACGCGAGAACGCCAUGGCCGAAGCAAAGGCCCAAGCAGCCAAGAUCAACGAUGUUGUAGAUUCGCUAGACAAAGAGCCCGAGGCUUGCGUGCGUGAGCUCGUUGGCUCCUUCAUUGUCCCGCAUGCGCAGCGAGAAAUCAUCCAGAGGAGGUAUUCCCGAUAUUUUUUAAUGCUGUGGCAACGAGUCCUAAGAGAGAGUUGCUUCGAGCAACCUAGAAGUAGAUCUAGGUGAAAGAACCACAAUCAGUAUCAUGACAAUGACUUCUACUGAUGAUGAAGAGGCUGAGGUUUUUUUUUACAGGCACGACGUACUUUGUUGCAAGAAUUUAGCACUUUAACCUCAUUCAGGAUUACGCUUGAGUCGAAACGAUUUAUCGACGCCGCGCGUGAUUCGCUGGACACGACAAUGGGCACUGUUGAAAACGAACUGCGCGCCCGUGAACUCAAAAAAGAUGAGUAAACAAGUGAAGCGGAACAAUACUCCGGGCGGCGCGAUCGUGAUAAGCGACAGAGGCGUAACGAGGAAGUCAUCAUGAUUACAAGUGCCGCGACGGCGGUUUUUAUUAGCAACAACCAAAUUAACAUAGUAAAAAGACUACUUACUAGUACUCUUGAAGUUGAAGUUGAAACCUAUACCUAAAUCAAUCAAUUAUGUUUAUGUUUGUCUCGUACGGUUGUCUCUCCACUAACUAGAUCAAUUUCUAACUGCUAGCUAAACAGCGCAAAAGCUUAAUUCGUCUCAAAAGUGUCUGAUUACGGUGAUCUCGUCUGCCGAAAUAUCAUCUCUCGAAAUGACGGCGGCAGUGAGAUAGAUGAGGGUGGAUUGUUCUACAUUGAAGUUGCGAUUAAUUCUUGGAUUUGAUAGUGCAGUUGCGGAUAUCCAAGGGUACAUCUAGUGAAGUUUUGUCAGAGUUUUUCAUAAGAAUGCCUCGGCUCACCGGUUGUAGCUGCUAGGUUCAUAAAUUUCUCGAGCAUAUAUGUCCGUUUGUCGAGCUGCAAAAACAAGCUCUACGAUUGUAAAGCUCAAAAUUAGCUGUACUGCAAAACGAUUUCCAUCUUCUUUUUACAAUACUUAUCAAGGACAAAUAAACUCGUUGAUACCUCCUUCCUAAAUUAAUAAACUUGAUAGUUAAGUACUUACUAGAAGAUGGAAACAAAAGCAGGUAGCGGAAGCGGUAGUCAUCGCAGUAGGAAUGGCGAUCGGACGAGAGGGGGUCGAGGAGAUGAUUCCAAAGCCUUGCUCUCUCCAUGUGGCCGCCUGACUAGACGGAUACGCUCUAUAAGCGUGGACGGAGGAGUCGGAAUCUCAUCUUCUACCUUACUUGUUUUCGACCAUUGACAGUAACACAUGAAGACUUCUCAAAAGCGGAUCAUGUCGUACACGAAGCACAUGUUUGAAAUGAAUGAAAAACUACAUGACGCUACGAAUGAGAGACAUAUAAUAAUAUUUAGCGGUUGACAAACAGUUACGCGACUCCUUGUGAAGACUCGGGUAAGGAUCGUUAUCGGAAAAAGUUGCGAAAACCAUAACGAGGAGGAAAGCAGCAUCGAUGUCGUACUCGUCGUUGAUUUUGCACUGACAAUGAGGAACAAGAGCACUGACAUUCGGCUUGCGAAGGUUCGCGCAUACGAGGAUUCUGAGGAGGCACUUUUCAGCGUAUAGAACAGAAACAGUCAGCACUUAUAUUUAAAUAAUAUAUGUACCAGGGAGGGAGGCCCCCCCCUGUGGAUGGAUCUGGGGUGGACCCCGCCAGAGGGGUCCAGCCUUGCCACCUUAUUGGCCAGG